GCUUUGGCCUGGCUUGAGCUGGCUCGGGCCUGUCACCAAGUCAAGCCAGGCCCUAGCGUCGGGCUUUGGCCUGGCUCGGGCCUGGCUCGGGCUCAGGCCAGGGCUUCCAUGCUUGGAGAAGGAACGGGUACUGGAGACAUACCAAGUAUGGGGUUAUGCACCCUACUUCAUCUAAUGGCCACUAUCUCAUUUAGCCAGCGCCACAAAGCCCCGGGCCUGCAGGGCCUGGCUCGGGCUUCGGACAACCCAAGCCAGGCCCCGUCCUCGGGCUUGAGUAGGGCUUUGGCCUGGCUCGGGCCUGCUGAAAUAGGGCCUGGCCUGGCCUGGCUCGGG